UUUUCCUUCACCAAGUUCACCCACAACUCGCCGCCGACAACCAGUUUUUGUAGCUCUGCCACUAUUCAAAAACCACGUCUAUCUCUUGAUUUUCAAAUCCAUCUGCCCUCAACUACACUUCACAUACGACAGUACCUAGCGUCAUUCUUCUCUUGCGAUAAUCAUUUCACAAAAAUACAAUGGCUCUUCCUCCACCAGAUUUUGACCCUGAAAAGGCAGACAACUUUGAGGAUGUAAGAAAGUUCCCUCGUCGUAUCCUGCGCAACCACUCCUUAUGCUAAUGCGAUAACAGAUUGAGAAACAAUUUGCCGUCAAAGGUACGAGAAGGCCCCCCUCUGCGUCAUAAUUUACCCCGCCACUGACCCCACCAUCAGUUGUCCAACACAUGUCCACCUACUGGGCUAUCCUCGAGAAAGUGCCCGGCUCCAAGUUGAGGCUUACAAAAUUGGAUGACGAGAUCUACGAACACUUAUUAGCCGAUUUCCCCGAGUUCGAUGCCGAAGAGACGAUCGAUGAGGAUGUGAUGAAGAGCAAGACGGGCAAGGAGAGAUGGCGGAAUUUCAUGAUGAAGUACGAGCACAAGGUUGACGAUUACAACUUUGGCACAAUGCUACGAAGUAACCCUAAGUGGGAGUAUGGUCAGGACGAGACAAUAUUCGGUAUAGGAUCUCGAGUCUUCAAGCGCACACUGGCUAAUAGCAGGUUUAGUCCCUCGAAUGCAAUUUUAUGCUAUCGAAAUCGCAAGAAAUCGCAAAGGUCUGAAUGACUGGAUCUACGAGAAGAACCAAAAGGAGGCAGGAGCGGCAAAGGCUUAA